UUGAGAACCAAAAACCAAAGUGACUUGGAUUUAAAGUUCAAAGGUUUUUUAUAAUAGAGAAAAAGAUUAGAGCUUCCCGAAUGUAACUACUACUACUAGCUUUCUAAGACUAAUAUAGUAUUAUAUUGUAAUGUGCACGGGCAAAAGUCAAAAGGUCUGCUGCGUUCUAAUGGCAUUAGGAACGAUAUGUUUAGGUAUUCUGGAGAUCUCAUACAGCGGUCACAAGCUAAUCUUUAUUAGAUUCAGUACGUGGCUAACGGCGUGGGUGGUAUCCUGGCUUCCCAUUAUUUUUGCUUCGCUUUUCCUGAUCGUAGGAGCAUUGCAGGAAAUUCGGUGGAUGCUGGUGACCUGGAUAGUAGUUUCCCUGACAUGUGGGGUUGCUAUGAUUAUCAUAAGGCUGGGAUACCUAAUAAAUGACCAUAGGCAUAAUAUUUCUGGAGAUAUUGUGCUAUGUCUAACGAAUGUCAUCUACUUAUUUUUGGUCUUUGUGUGGGCGGCAUACCCCUAUGCUUAUAUGCAAGAGCUGCAACAGGAAACGCCUGCUUAA